ACGUCAAAACCAUUUGUUUACGUCUGCAGCGUACCGAAGUGCGAUUCCCAUACGAAAGGCUAAUAAAAAGGCAAAGUUUAUUGUUAUUUUACGAAAACUAGCUAAACGUUUCGUGCAUUUGGAAACAUUUGAAGUGUGCUGUGUACACAUAACGCGCAUGAGCGUUACCAAACAUCCGAAAAGCAGCUCCGAAUCGCGGUAACCCCGUUUGCUCGUUUGUUUACAUUGUGUUUGUUGUGUUGUGUGAAUUAGUGCGCUGUGUUUUUUCAACUUUGCACGAUGGAUACCGAGCCGAAAGAACUUUCCAUGGAGGAAAUAAGAAAAUUUAUGGUGCUGAAUAACUAUAAGCUCACCAACCACACGCUGGUGAAGCACUUCCGCAGCUUUCUCACGAACAAAGAUACCCAAGAUGAAGCUCGACGACGGUUCAAGGAAUAUGUCAACAAAAUUGCAUCGGUAAAGCACGAGGGUAACGAGAAGUACCUCGUUCUGCGGCGCAAGUACUACAAUGGCAUUCCUCCGGAAGAUGCUGGCACCGAAUCGCAGCCUAUGAGUCCGGCGUCGCGGUCCUACGGUUUGCUUGGGUCCGAUAGUGAAGCUUCCCCGCUGCGGCAGCCCCCACCGUACCGUCCGCCCCCGGUGGUGUCUCCAGACACGGUGUCGUACCAAGGCAGUCCGCGCGGCAGUGUCGCUCUUAAUCGGCGCAACAGCUCCGAUUACGUACGCAGUGGGUCGGAAAUAAGCUUCGGCAGUGAGUUUGCAAGUGUAGACAGUAGGAAAGUGAAUCCGUUGCUUGUGCGCAGUAACAGCAACGACACACGCUCACUUCCGGAUGGUGGUCGUAAGCCGAGCGUGGACAUGAUGGUGCCAUAUGAUGACGGAGCUCCCCCAGCCAUCCCACCCCGUAAGCGGGUAAGUGAAUCGGGAGGCAGUAUUGCAUCGAACUCGCGCCAAAAUUCGGUCGAUGAGAGGUCCACAGGAUCAGUGAGUGAUACUAGAAGUGAAAAUAAGGAAAAUGUUGCCUCUACUGAACCGGAGGAGAAGGGAGUGGUUGCAUCGGAAGAGAACAAGCUAAGUGUGAAAGAAAAGAUGAUGAAGUUUAACCGAUUCGCAUCGGAAGAAGAGGCCAAGAUUCCAUCACCGAUUGGGAAGAAGAAACCGGACAAGAAUGCCGAGGAAACACUCAAUACCGAAAACUUGAUGCAGCAUCCAAAUGCCAAGGAAUGGUUAAUAGCUGCAGCAAAAUCUGACUAUCAGCUGCUGGCGAAACUGUCCACCGAGCAUCCCAAUCUGGUUAAACUGCAGGACAUCAGCACGGUAAGGAAAACGGGUACAAAUUGUACAUUGUCAGCAGCUUUCUUCGCUGACGGCCAAAAAUGGGACCAAACGUAUGAUCGAUGAAUCGUGCUCAUGCGGUCAUGGUUACUGUUGUGAAUUUGUCUACCGUUUCGUUGAGUUUUGAUGUGUUUUAUGUAAUUUUAUUUAGCUAUUUUGUGUCUUUUGAAACGAGCAUCGUUAAAAAUUAUUAGGAUGAGCCAGAAGUGCUAACAUAAGUCUACUACUUUGAAACAGUUUCUCCCAGAGCUUCUCAAUUGAGCUUUUAUCGUACAGUAGCAACAGUCUCACCUUCCACCUAUCAUAUGUUAACAUGUUUUUACCUCUUAUUCAUACACUCGCCCUAGUCGUCGUCCAUCGUGAAAAGGCACCCAUUUAGAUAGCUACAAAUUAUCCAUAUCUCAUAAGUGGUUGAUGGUCCCCGGACCAUCUCCCAAAACAAAUAAAUAAAUGACGAAGAUAGGAACAGCAGGAUAAAGUCGGUCAUGCUACGACCAGCAGGCCGGCUGACACCCCAUUCAACACACGGUCGGCUCACCCGAACCAGCUUAGCUGGAUAUAAUUAAUUUAAAACGAAUUAGCACCGAACAGAGUCGUUAACGAUAUUUCUUAGGUUAUGCACUUUCGCUGUUUCUUUUUUUUUCUCGUCCCAUGUUUUACCUUUCGUGUGACGGUUUGUAAAUGAUAGGUGCACAUUGGCAGGCGAAGGCGAAACUAAAUUACGGGUAUCCAGAACAAUUCCGCGUGUUUUAUGCUUGAAAGCUUUUUGACAGGGUGUAAAACAAUAUAUGAUAUCCUCAUUAAAAUCUCAUUUGCGGAUUUUUUUUUCAGA